CGUGUUCGAGUCGGCCAUUGGCGCGUUUGGGUCCGUGGACCUCCGCCACGUCGCGUUUCCAGCGUCGCUCGCGGGGCUUGUGCAAGAGAUACAAGAAACGCUGACAAAUAUUCUCACCAAUACGACCGACGACGCCAGUGGCGCAUACACUGCGCAGAGAGCGUACAGCCAGCUGCGCACCAUGCAGAGCCUUGUAUCGGUCCCAUCGGCGCUCAAUCCGACCACGCACUACUCGGCCGGCAGCAAUGUGCUCUGCAACGCCCUCUCGCCGCCCAUCAACCUCACGAUUGGCUCCUCGA